CGUGAGACGUGAAGAGGAAAUGACGCAGGCUUAUUAGUGGCGGGAAAUAGCCACACUAACACUGCCGGGGAGGUUCUUCUCUUGGACUGUUGAAUUUUACACCGGCGAGAUAUUGUGGUUUGUUUAGUAUUCAGUUUAGUCAUUUGUGGGGUUUUUUGUUACGGAUAUGCAUAAGUGAAAAACUUUGUAUUUUAGUAGAAACCCCUGUAGUAUUUUACUUCUUCUUGUGAGCGCCAGAGUGGUAUUAUUUACCCGGUUAAAUCUGUGUAUAAGCUUCCCUACUGUCUAGUUAAGUAGCCGCUCGUUAUACAGCGAUGAGUUUGUUCAACCUCGAAAGGUUCCGUUAUCAGAAAGAGAAGACGGUGGAAAAUGUCUCGUCGUCGGGCAGUUCACUCAAACCAGAGCAGCGCAGGCUGGUGAAUAAAAGUAGCUCUGAGAAAGAGAAUUACCCAGAGCGCCCAGUGAAACCGGAUGGCAGACGAGGAAGAGGAAAAAUGCCACGCCAUGCCCUGGAGGAUGUGUCCUCUGAUGAUGAGGCCUGUAAGAAGGCAAGGGUUCCUACAGUACAAUCAUCAGCCAGGAAUGCCACAGAGUGUGAAAAGCAGAAAAGUCUCGAGAUGGAAGAGAAACUGGCCAAGCUUCUGGAAAUGUUCCCUCAGAGGAACAGAAGUGAAUUGCUGGAGGUGAUUGAGAGUACCAGCACACUGGAGGGAGCUGUAGCAUGUUGUUUGGUGGCCUACAAAGAUAAAGAUUUAUCCAAGACAAAAGGUGGAGCAACACACAGUGAUGAUGAUGAGAUGCAGCCAAAGAAGUGGCGGAAAACCGUGGAGCCAGAUUCUGAGCCAGGGUCUGAAGAGGAGAACCAUGAGCCAAACAAAGAAAAGCAAGAUGCUUUGGUGCACAAACUGAAAAAGAAAUUUCCCAAAAUGGACAGAGUGGUACUGAGAGAAGUUCUGAGAGAGCAUGAGUGGGAUUUUGAAAAUGCCUUGGGAUCACUGCUCAUGUUUUCAUCAGAAUCAGACUCUAACCCUAAAGAGAUCGAGAAGAUGUCAAAACCUUCAAGUAAUUCAAAACCAUCGAAGAGCAGGCAAGAGAGCAGUGGAGAUGGGAAGCAAAAGCCAAAUUCAAGUCUGACAAGAUGGCUAUCAGCUGUAUCAAGUAAAUCUCCUUCAAGACAACAGUCCCCCUCUAAUAAAUCAACCUCAAGAGGAAGCACAACAGUCAGUCAUGAGCCUGAGAGAGCAAAAGCCGAUAAGUUAAAGCCAGAACAAUACGAAGACUCUGACUCAGAACUGGAUAGUGAGGCCGAGGAUGUUUCCGACGAAUUUGACUCGGACAGUGAGGACGAUAGCUUUGAUCCCAGGGUCCAGGAGCAGAUAUUGCAAUUUCUCCAGGAGGCGUCAUUGGAUGAACUGAGUUUGAUAUCUGGCUGCUCGUUGAAAAAAGCCCAGAAGAUUAUUUCACUGCGGCCAUUCAACAGAUGGAAAGAUGUGAACGAGCAGUUCUAUAAGGAUAAUGGUUUGUCUAUGGAGUUGGUGCAUGGCUGUAGAAGUGUGCUGAAGAAAAGACAAGUACUGAAGCAGCUCAUGAACAAGUGCGAGAGCAUAGCCAGGAAGAUGACCAAAGACAUAACAAAGGUCAUUGAAAACGGCAUGGGCUCCAUGAAACAACCCAUCACCCUCAACAGCAAGUUGAAAUUACAGCCAUAUCAGCUGAUAGGUUUGAAGUGGCUUAUCCUCUUACACCAGCACAAUCUCAGUGGGAUCUUGGCUGAUGAGAUGGGCUUAGGAAAAACAAUUCAGGCAAUUUCGUUUUUGGCUUACCUUUAUCAGAAAGGGAUUAAAGGCCCUCACCUCAUCACUGUACCCUCUUCCACAGUGGAUAACUGGGUAAGGGAGCUAGAGCUGUGGUGUCCCAGCCUGAAAGUCAUCGUCUAUUAUGGCUCUGUAGAGGACCGGAAAUACCUCCGUCAUGAUAUUCUCAACAACCAAGUGGAAUUCAAUGUCAUAGUGUCUACAUAUAAUUUAACAAUAGGCAAUGAAAGUGACCGCAGCCUUUUCCGCAAGUUGAAGCUGCAGUGUGCUGUGUUUGAUGAGGGUCACAUGUUGAAGAACAUGAACUCACUACGCUACUGCCAUCUCAUGACCAUUAAUGCUGAACAGAGAUUGUUGCUCACUGGAACACCUUUACAAAACAACCUAUUGGAACUCAUAUCUCUGCUCAACUUUAUUAUGCCUUCCAUGUUCUCUAGCAGCACUUCACAGAUUUCCAAGAUGUUCUCUACGAAAUCAUCAGAAGAGGAAAGUAGUUUCCAUAAAGACCGAAUUGCCCAAGCCAAGCUCAUCAUGAAGCCCUUCAUCUUGAGACGAGUAAAGAGUGAGGUGCUGAAAGAACUACCACCCAAGGUGGAGAAGAUUGAAAUGUGUCCGAUGAGUGAUGCUCAGCAGCAACUCUAUGAUGGUCUCUUCAGUAGGCUCAAGAACACUGUUAAUGGAGAGAAGCGAGAGCUCAGUAAUGUGAUGAUGCAGCUAAGAAAGAUGGCCAAUCAUCCAUUGUUGCAUCGGCAGUACUAUACCACAGAGAAGCUUGCAGCCAUGAGCCAAGCCAUGCUGAAGGAACCAACACAUUUUGAUGCAGACCCUGCACUAAUUCAGGAAGACAUGGAGGUGAUGUCAGACUUUGAGCUGCAUAACCUUUGUAAGGAAUACAGCUCCAUCUCCAGGUUUCAGCUGGAAAAAAAGCUCCUUCUGGACUCUGGAAAAUUUUCCCUGCUUACAAAGUUAUUAGCCAAGCUCAAAGAGAAGGGUGACCGAGCAGUGCUCUUUAGCCAGUUCACCAUGGUUCUGGACAUUGUGGAGAUUUUGCUGAAACACCUUGGUCACCAGUAUGUUCGGCUGGAUGGCUCCACACCUAUGGCAGAAAGAAUUGGCCUCAUAGACAAAUACAACACAGACCCUGAAAUAUUUGUCUUCCUUCUGUCAACUCGUGCUGGUGGCCAGGGGAUCAACCUUGCCUCUGCUAAUGUAGUGAUCCUUCAUGAUAUUGACUGCAAUCCUUUCAAUGAUAAACAAGCAGAGGACCGCUGUCAUCGAAUGGGGCAGAGCAGGACCGUGCAGGUUAUAAAACUGAUUAGUAAAGAUUCCAUAGAGGCCUGCAUGCUUCGUUUAGGGCAGGAGAAACUCAAACUUGAACAAGACAUGACUACUGAUGAUGGUGAAGAAGGCUCCAUGUCAGAGGAUGUGGCUGAGCUGUUGAAGGUAUCACUGGGCCUUUGACCUAAAAGUGGUUAGUAUAGAUACACGCAACAUGGCUAAAUGACUAUAUUAUUCUUAUGAAUGUGCACUUGCUAGCCAUAGGUGGUAACAAGUAGGUCACUUCAUGUCUGACUGAAAAAAAUACUCACUUCAUAAUUCACUUAGUGUUUACUUGGGUAUUGUUCAUCAUAUCCUCAUUUUGACUCAGGUUGAAAGUCUAGCACUGCCUAGGUGAAUCCAACUUCAGGUUUAAGAUCGCAAUGCUUGUGCUAAUAGCUUAUUAGUUUCGUUUGUUUGUUUGUUUGUUUUUUUUUAUAUACUAUUGUUGUAGUUGUCUGUUGUAUUAUAGACUGUUGUGUAUGUUCCUGUCAAAUAAAGAUGAUUUUAUAGUCUAUUUAAGUUGCUUCUUUGGUUAAGAACCAAGUCUAAAGUUAUGUAGUUGGAUAACAGUUGCCCUGUACAUAAGGGUGGCCAUUGAGUGGGAACAAUGGAAAAGGGAAGCCAAAAUGUUUUGAGUGCUCUAGUGGCUGGUUUCAGUGCAACCCUGCCCAAUCCCAUGUAAGUGAAUCAUUUAAAUUUGCAUUUCUGCAGUUAUUUUUGGGAAUAGUGCUCUUUCAUUUUUUUUACAAGUUGAGCUUGAUAUCUUCCCCCAGUAUUUUUCCUUAUGAAUAAUGAAUUUUAUAGGAGUUAUUUUAUGAUUAAAAGUUUUGCAUUAAGCCAUAUGAACAUGCACGCUAUUCUAGCAUGUUCAAAAAUCUCUUGACAGUUUUGGAACAAAACCAUGUCUUGUUCCUCACUUUCAUUGUGCUGAUAUUACCAAGCAAUAUAAACCAAGGCAGCAAACACUAGCAAAACUUAACAAUUUACUAUUGAUUGUAUGACCUUAACUAAUGCUCAAAGUAGCUUGGUUAGCCAGUCUCUCUUAUUGAUUUUUAUUUAUUUAUUUAUUCUUUUAUUAUUAUUAUUUUAUAAAUGUACUCCACCAUUAGAAUGAGAAGAGCAUAAGAGCCCAUUCUCUAUUCAGAUUGUGUCAGCUAGAUUAUAAUCAUGGACAACAGCAAUUCUUUUCCUUAAGAAAUUGAGUGCAAAUGUUGACUGCUUUUUACCAGUGUAUUUUUAGUUGCAUUACAUUUAGCUAUUUACCUUCAUGUUUGCCUUAAUUUACAUUUACCUUAAAUGUACCUGCAUUACAUUUAAUAUUUAUCUUCUAUUAAUCAUGAUGCACAGGGUCUGGCUCCAACUUUGACCUACUGCACAAACUCUGUUAAGAUGGUCUGUAUUUGUCAAGCUGGAUAUGAGUGGAUUUAUUCUUAACUUGUACGAGCGUUUAGUAUUCAUGAAAAUCCCUUCAUUUUGGAAGAGCAUUCGUAUCUUGAGUGUCUAUAUUUACCCAUAAGAAGAGUAACUAAUGUAUUGAUCAACUUCACAUCCUAUAAUUUGCAUGGAUUACUGCACUUGUAUAUGUGGAUUACAUAGAGUUGUUUACAUUGCUCAUUAAUUUCAUUCACAGCAUUUAGCAGACACCCUUACCCAGAGCAACUUGUAGAAGUGCAAAAGUAUACUCUAGCAAAAGCUUGUGCUCCUUCACAAGAUCAGGGACU